AUGUACCACAAAGCUAUAAUUUCUAAUUACAACGACAAUUUAGAUGGCGACCCUAGCGUAAAUGAUCAACCACCGCCCCACACUAUCACUGCAUCAUUCUGCGACAAGGCGCCAACAUUUUCAAAUGUUACAGCGCGGAAAUAUUUAGACGGUAAUCUUGUUAUCACGGAUGGAAGCCCGGAGCUAUCGAUAAGUCAUGAUGCAAGAAAGUUUAAAGAUUUAAACGACAAUAGCCAUGGAGCUGGAGAAUUAUCUCCUCAAAUCUGUUCGAAACAUGAGAAGGCAAGUUUCGACCCAGGAAGCAAAGCUAAUCUGUCCCCUUGUAGGGUACGAACGGAAAAUAGUAUCGUACCUGAUCAGGCUGGAGAUUUUACUGGUCACACAAAAAUCUUUGAAAUCAUAUCAAAAAAAACGAGUGUGGAUACAGCAUGUGGAAGAGUAAAAACAAAAAUACAGAAUGAAAGACUUUCUUCAAUGUCAUCUAAUGGCUUCAGCGCAUCGAAUCCUACUAAUUUGAUCAGCCAACCUAAAAUUCCUGACGUAAAUCAAUCUUUGCAUUAUUCAGCGAAUUUCACAAAUACAAAAGCAAAAAAUGAGAUACUUGGUGCUUGUGCAAAAGUAAGGCCACAAAAUCAACUCCAACUCAACCAUAGAUCUGGCAAGAUAUUUUUAUCUCCAUCCAAUAUAUCACUGGCUGGAAAGCAGGGAAUACAGAAAUCUAGUAUACUCAGCUCGAAUAUUAUUAAGAUAAAGUAUCCUGUGCCGCUAAGUCUCAAGAUAAAUCAGAUCCUUAAUUCUAUAGAGACAAAUGAUCAGCUUCAAUGUGAAAGUAAUAAAUGUGCAAAAGGCAAAUCAGAUACAGCAAGCCGACCUUUGCACCCUUUCUUCCAAGUAAAUUUGACGCGAAGGGCUGGACCUACAACGGAAUCGAUUACAACUACAAAUUAUCCAAAUAAUAUUGAUCGCAGUGGGAAAUCAACUAAAAAGCUCUAUUUUCAAUCUCUAAAUGCCAAUGUCCCAUCCCAUGAAAAAUCUGCUUUCUAUUCGAAAUCCGAAGGGAUUCUUCAAAAUAAGAAACAGCGUAAGGUUUUGGGAGGACUUCAACCACCUUGGCCUUGGAAGGGAAUGGUUCACACAAGAGCCUACGAAAAAACUGAUAUGGUAAAAGAAAAAAGACAAAAGGAAUUAUUGCCGAAUCUUAGACAAGGUAAAAAACGUAAAGAAAAUGCCAUAUACGUCUCAGAAGCUGAAGAUUUUACAACUUCUAUUCUGGAAGGUCUUAAUGUCAGAAGUUUAGUUCGAUCAAUGCAGAAUUCGAAUCCAGAUCAUUUUCCGCCAAAUCCUACUUGCUUACGGCUACCUACCAAACUUUAUGAAUCCAGAUUAGAGAUCCAGUCUCGAUUACGUACACGACUACAGUCACAGAUACCAAACCCUACGAUAGAACCUGAGAGUUCAAGUGAAGAUGAAAUUCGGAAUUUUGAAAAUAACGCUCGCAGGAUAGUUCAUCCCGCAAUAUUAAAAGCUUAUACCUCGAUAGCUACUAAUAUUUCAGCUAUUAAGGAAGGGAACUGCGAUUCUCAGUCGUGGACUCAAAAGUAUGCGCCAAAUAAAGCCAAGGAAGUCCUUCAAAUCGGCAACGAAACACUUAUUCUCAAGGAGUGGCUGUCAAUGCUGAUUGUUAAUUCAGUUGAAGCAAAAACGAUAGAAACCAGCCUUCAAUUGGACUCCCGGUCAGAAAUAUCGGGCAAAAGAAAAAGACGAAUCCCAAGGUCAGACAGUUUUGUAGUCAUGUCUGAUGGCGAUGAGAACGAUUCUUUUGAUGAACAGACAGAUCUCGAGGAAGUCUCAUCGAACCGGAUGUACAAAAGUCACAGGCGAACAAUUAUCAAAAACAGAAAUUUUUCUACCAAAAACAAACGUGGCUGCAAAACACACCAUAGCAUUCUUGUUAGUGGCCCUAAUGGUUGUGGAAAGAGCGCUGCCAUAUACGCUGCUGCAAAGGAAUUAAAUUUUGAUGUUUUUGAAAUUAACUCAAGUAGCAGACGUAGUGGUAAAGAUAUUAUGGAAAAAAUAGGCGAUAUGACUCGGAAUCAUCAUGUCCAACGUUUAUCAGGGACAAAACUUUACACGAAAUUGAACGUUUCAUUCACUCGUAGUAUAAAAACUUCCAAAUCAAUCACGGACUCAAUGAAGAACACAAACAUUGAGCAUGAGAAGGAAAUAAUCCCAGAAAAAGCAAAAAUUCCUUCAAAACAAUCAAGCAGUUGCGUCACUCAUGGGCAUGAGGAAAAAUUAUGCGCAGGUCUUGCAUCCGAUUUAAAAAAAUGUCAAAAACAAUCGCUUAUACUAAUAGAAGAGGCUGACAUAAUCUUCAAGGAGGACGGCCAGUUUUGGGCUACGAUUGAAAAUCUUGUCUCUAUCUCAAAGCGGCCUGUAAUACUCACUUGCAACGAUGAAACUGCAGUACCUUUAUCACAUAAGCACUUACACGCAAUCCUACGCUUCGAGCCCCCGCCCAUAGAUCUCGCCGUUGACUAUAUGCUCGUUAUUGCCGCAAAUGAGGGUCACAUCUUAAAGCGUGAGGCUGUAAAAUCACUAUAUGAGGAGCGUGGGUUAGACUUGCGGGCUUCAUUAUCUGAACUUGAUUUUUGGUGUCAGGUUGCCGUCGGUGAUGUAAACAAAGGCCUCAGUUGCUACUCUGUACGACAGUAUAAAGAUGGAGAAGGUUCUAUAAAUAGAGCCUUUAGUGAAGGCACCUAUGAAACAGGAAUGGGCUGGAUAUCACAAGAUAUUCUCGAAAGCAGCUUGAGUCAUCUCGAUGUUGAAGAAGAAAUACUCCAUGAAGCAAGUGAUUUCUGGAACCUUGAUGUUGGUGAUUGGGAAGAGUCUAUCGGUUUAGAAAAGUGGGCAGACCAUAUACGAUCUCUCUGUCACAACCGAAGACGCCAGCUAGAUGCACUAAGCAUGUUUGAGAACUACACAGAAUCAAUGAGUGAUUCUGACCUACUCUGUAAAAACUUGUUUGGAUCCGAGAAUCAACUUUCACUAGACCCAUCCAUACCAAAAUUGGGUGAUAAAAUUCGAGACGAGUAUCCACUAUCCUACAAGCUCAUUAUAGCUUCUACCUCCGUGACGCCUGAUUACACUGGGCAAUCUAUAUCACUGUUUCUUCGUUCGCGAGCCCGAAAUUACCUUCAAGUCACCCAACAUCUUGAGCAUCAGUUUGAAAUACGCCCUGAGCUUUCAUCUCCCACUGAGAGUCAAUUAAUCAAUAUUAUCAGAAAGAACUCUAUAUCUCCCAGCCUUAGUAUUCCUCUAAAAGCUUUUAGACGGGCAUUUGAUCCCAUUUCAUACCCAAUGACACAGUCCUUGUGGAUGGGCGGCAAUUAUUUCGAGGCAUCCCAAUUUAACCGCACCCAACGUAUUCUGAGUGAGGAUCUUGCCCCGUACGUUCGGGGUAUUGUGGCUAUCGAUAUGCAACGGCAGCAAGACCGCGAACAAAAAAGCAACCUUCUGAGUGUUGGUGGUAGUAUGUCUGGGAAGAAACGGCGAACAACGCGAGCUGCUAUUAGCGCGCUCGAGGGUGGUGCGCGCACUGAAACGCGGCGUCCGCGUUACUUCGGGCAAGCCUUGAAUCCUCAGCUCGUCUUCCAAACGGGCCUGCCGAGCUGGAUUGCAGCGGCCGCGCGGCGCCAAGUGGCAGCGACAUAG